AUGGUGAUGGUGCUUCGACGACGAACAGCAUGCACUCAGGACAUACCUGUUCAUAAUCGAAGUGAGGGCAAUAAAAUAUCAGCAUUCGAUGGGAAAUAUUUCUAUCCCUACAAUAAGACAAACCAGUUGAACCUAAAUCCUCGUGUCAUUAUAUACUUGGGGAGUCCAGACCUGGUCACGUGUCCGCCCAUUCACUCUCACCGUGCCUUGGCCCUUGUCUUUGGUCUGACACUGCCCUCGCUCGUUGUCCAUCAUCGCCUGCCUGCAUCGUGCCGUGUUGUCGAGGGAAUCUCCCCCAGUUCGCCUCUCCCCGACCCUUCCCGCCCGCCCCUUCGCCCCCUGAAAAGACCAACUUUUCCCACCCCCGGCCCUCCAGCUUCCCCGCUCUGUCGUUCCUGGCGGUGCCUGGGUCAGCGCUCAUUUCCAUCCACCCCACACGCGUCGCUUUCCACGACAGCGUUCACAGCCUAUCAGUCGGUCACUGAGCUCGGCUUCCUCGUCUGCUGCAGUCAGAGCCCCCCGGUCAAUGUGGUCGGCGCGCGAGCCCUAGCCCGUGUUGUCCUGCCUGGUUGCGCUUUCAUGAAUCGGAUCAUUCCUCGCAUCGUGCUUGCCAACUAG